AUUAUUAUCGUUCACCUCUAAGCAACAGCUGUGACUGCCGUCUGCCGAGUUGCUGCGAGGCGAGCAAAAAAAUUGGUGAACAUAAAUUGUGAAUUGAGAAGCAACUAACGCCUCGCCCACACAAUGUCAGCGUUAAUGAAAUCUCUGUGCUUGGCCAAGAAGCUGAGCACUGUCAAUCCAGUUUUGCAGGCUCAUAUUGCCCGCAAUCUUGCCGGCUGGAAUAAGGACUACAAGCCUGGACAAUAUCCUAAAACCGAAAAGGAACGCGAGGCAGCUGCCAAGAAAUAUUAUCUGCUGCCUGAAGAGUACAAACCCUACGCGGAUGAUGGACUCGGCUAUGGCGACUAUCCAAAAGUUGGCGGCGGCCUCGGUGUAGAGUAUAAGGAUAGCUACUAUCCCUAUGACUAUCCCGAGAUCAAACGCAACUUUAAUGAGCCAAUUUCAGCGGAUCAUGAUUUGUACAGCGAGGAUCGCUACUCACAGCCCGAUUAUCCCCGCUACAAUAAUAGCUACUACUUUUUGUCCUUCAUUGGUGUCAUGGGUGGUUGUUUGGCCCUAUACUAUUGGCUCGAGGAUAAGAAAAUGUAUCGACCAGUGGCCGCCAAACAGUAUCCCGCUGACGGCGUCAAGCACUACACCUUCGAACGUUAGGGAUACCAAGCCGCCCAGCAGCUUGUGUGUAGUUUUCUAUUACUUGUUUUGCUUCGCCUUUAUCGUAAAUUAGGCAAUUUACCAACGCAUAUGUACAAUUAAAAAAAAAA